UCUCUCGCAAGUUGUGUGCGCAACGGGAGUACCGGCUCAGUACUCGUUCGACCGCCACCAAGUACUGUCCAUUUAUAGUUUUAGAAAUAAAAAAAUAAAUAAAGAAAAUGAGGGAAAUAGUGCACCUGCAGGCUGGACAGUGCGGGAACCAGAUUGGAGCAAAAUUCUGGGAGAUCAUAUCGGAGGAGCACGGAAUCGACCCCACGGGCGUCUACCGAGGCACCAGCGACUUGCAGCUUGAACGAAUCUCUGUGUAUUACAAUGAGGCCUCUGUUGCGACGGCGGAGAGCGGCGGCAAGUACGUCCCCCGCGCCAUCCUCCUCGACUUGGAACCAGGCACAAUGGACGCCGUCCGCUCCGGCGCAUACGGCCAACUCUUCCGGCCGGACAACUUCGUCUUCGGACAGUCCGGCGCUGGCAACAACUGGGCCAAAGGACACUACACAGAAGGUGCUGAACUCGUCGACGCCGUACUAGAUGUCGUCCGCAAGGAAUGCGAAAACUGCGACUGUCUCCAAGGCUUCCAACUCACACAUUCACUCGGUGGCGGCACCGGCUCCGGGAUGGGCACACUCUUAAUCUCCAAAAUCAGAGAAGAGUACCCCGAUAGAAUCAUGAACACAUACUCAGUUGUGCCCUCGCCCAAAGUAUCAGACACAGUCGUAGAACCAUACAAUGCCGUCCUUUCCAUUCAUCAACUAGUCGAAAACACAGAUGAAACCUAUUGCAUAGACAACGAAGCUCUGUACGACAUUUGCUAUAGAACCCUGAAAGUGCCCAACCCUACUUAUGGAGACUUGAAUCAUUUGGUUUCUCUCACCAUGUCUGGCGUGACGACGUGUCUGCGGUUCCCUGGCCAGCUGAAUGCGGAUCUCCGCAAGCUGGCCGUCAACAUGGUGCCGUUCCCGCGUCUGCACUUCUUCAUGCCGGGCUUCGCGCCGCUCACAUCCCGCGGCAGCCAGCAGUACCGCGCCCUCACCGUGCCAGAGCUCACCCAACAGAUGUUCGACGCCAAGAACAUGAUGGCGGCUUGCGACCCGCGGCACGGGCGGUACCUCACCGUCGCUGCCAUCUUCCGCGGCCGCAUGUCCAUGAAAGAAGUAGAUGAACAGAUGCUGUCCAUCCAAAAUAAGAAUAGUAGCUUCUUCGUAGAAUGGAUCCCCAAUAAUGUAAAGACAGCCGUUUGCGAUAUUCCCCCUCAAGGUUUGAAGAUGUCUUCAACCUUCAUAGGUAACACCACAGCCAUCCAAGAGUUAUUCAAGAGAAUAUCAGAACAGUUCACCGCUAUGUUCAGGCGCAAGGCUUUCUUGCACUGGUACACGGGCGAGGGCAUGGACGAGAUGGAGUUCAAUGAAGCUGAAAGCAAUGUGAAUGAUCUGGUCUCCGAAUAUCAGCAAUAUCAGGAAGCUACAGCAGAAGACGACACUGAGUUCGAUCAGGAAGAUAUGGAAGAGUUGGCACAAGAUGAACAACACGAUUAAAUUCGAGAUAUUGUUUGAGACUGAGCUGCCUUACUAUGACAAAUAAAAAAAAAAAAUUGAUAGGUCGCGCUGGCGUACAAAAAAUUAUGUGUGAGGUGUAAGCGAUGCUAUUUUCUACACAUUAAAAAUUACUCUGUGCUCGAAAUUGUCUGUUCUAUACAUUAAGCGUCAAUUGCGCUUUUACAAAUUUUGACAGGUCAAUUGUAAGCGUAUUAAAAAAUUGCCAUCAUAGUAAGGAUAUCAAAAUUAUAAUUCCUUUCAUUUACCGGGAAAAAAUCUCACAUACUCUCUUUUUGUAUUUCAGAAUUUUAGAUUUUAAGUAAAUUGCAUAUUUCCUAUUUAUACCAAAGCAUUUGGACUAACGAACAAAAUAAUAUCCAGAUUUUAAAAUGCGAUCUCGCACUAAGUUUUGUCAAGCGAAUUGAUAAAUAUUGAAGUGCAAAAUAUUUUAAAUAAUGAUGAAUGAAUAGUAUUAUUCGGAAUCUGUAUUAAAGUGAAUUUUAAUCAUAAUGAAGUCAGAAAUUAUAAGGAACGUACCAAUUCGUGCAUUUCUUAGCAUAAGUUACUGUAAUGUCUUGU